UCGUCACUCCUGUCUCCACCGCUUUUGCGCUUCGCCAGUAGUUUCUGCGAUCAUGGCGGGAUGGACGGCAGCGACGGCAGCCCGGAAAGCGGCUAAUUUCAGUCGGCUUGCCACCGUUUCUAAACUGCCUUCACCGGCUCCUCAAGCGUCUUCCCUCAUCCAGCGCCGUGGCAUGGCCGGAGGCGGUGAUCCUCAUGGACCACCAAAAGUGAACUUCUGGCAGGACCCUUUGAGCCCAUCUGAGUGGAAAGAAGAGCAUUUUGUUAUUGUCUCUUUAACUGGCUGUUGGUUGGCCAUCUAUGGAGGCUACAAGCUCUUCACAGGAGACAAGGGUUGGCCAUCUAUGGAGGCUGCACGCGCUUCACAGAAGACAAGAAAGACAAGAAGAAGGUUCGAGAAUGAAGAACCAGCCGGACGGCGUGCCACCGGUUAUACCGGGUACAAUCGGUACCGGUCAUAAAACCGGCGUGACACCACCGGUAUGACCGGCAUGAUCGAUAUACGAAUCUCUAAGUAAAAUGACCUUAUUUUAGAGAAUUUAAUUGAUAAAAAUUAUUUUAUUAUUUAUUUUAUGAGUAUAAAAGUUAAAUAUUGAUGUUAUUUGUUGGAUUCAAAUAUAAAUGUUUAGGUAUUGACGUUAAAUGUCAUGUUUCAAUAUGAGUAUUUAUAAUUUUAUUUGUAAUAUUGACCGGCAUGGACCGGCACAAACCGAUAUGUGCCACCGGUUGAAUCAUUCCACUUGCUAAACCGGCACACUGGCAUAAACCGGUUUGACAACCUUAUUGGAGAACCAGCACGCUAGAUAUCAAGCAUUCCCUAAAGUUACCUGUUUUCGUUGUACACAAGAGUUUUCAGGAAG